AUAUAUCAAAACACAAACUACAUAUAGCUUUCUAUCAUUAUUCGACAGACAAUACAUACAUAGCAAAUAGAUUAUUUUAGUCGAUCAAUGAAGUUUAGUUAAUCUCAAGCCUGAAGCGGAACACCGUUGCCUAGCGACAAGUGGAAGGUUAGCGUCAGCUAGCUAUAGCUAGGCUAACAGCUAACGGAUGGAAUAUGUCCCCAAAAACAGCGUAUAAAUGCCACUCAAAAGAAAAGGACCUUUGCAGCUUGUCCAGAGAGAAGUGGACGAAAUAAAAAAACAGGUUGACAGUCUGGUGAAGGAUGUGCAGAGUCAUGGUGGAUCCACUGAAGAGGCAUUUCGGAGAUGUCAAGAACUACAGAUGUCAGCAGAGAAGACACUAAGGGCACUGAAUAAACUGACCAAGGCGGAUGAGCUGGCUCCAGUGGGGAACUAUGAUCAGAGGAAACAGGAGGAGGAGAGACGACUGCAGAACAUCUUAGAGCGUGUAAACACCCUCUCUCUGGAGCUUUCACCACCAGGACCCAGUACUGCUGCAGGUGGGGUUUCAAAGGAAGAUAGUGAUGAAGAGGAUGAUGACGAAGACAGUAGUGAUGAUGAUGCCGAUGGCGACGAUGAAGAUGAAAAGCAAGCAGUGAAACUGCCCUCUCAGUCAGACCCUCACAUCUACACAGCACUCAGUGAUUUCAAAGGAGAACAGGAGGGAGAUCUAUCCGUUCAGAGGGGGCAGGUUUUGAGGAUUAUCAAAAAGACAGCAGAUGGAUGGUGGCUGGCUCAGGACACUAAAGGCAACAAAGGAGUGGUUCCAAAAACCUAUCUGAAGAUGGGUUCUGGUGUUGAUGAUGAAGAUGAUGAUGAUGAUGAUGAUGAUGAAAAGGAUGAUGACAAUGCUGAUGAUGAUGACAAUGAGGAGGAGUCAGAGGAGGAAGAGCAAGAUGGUGAAGAGCUGACUGAUGACCAAGAGAGGCGGAGCGGUUCUCCACAUUCCAACUGGAAUACCGUCAGAAAGGCUUUGACUGAGAUUGAUGCAACAGAUGUGCUCUCUGCCAUGGGGGCCAUACCUUCAGGAUUCAGACCGUCAUCUCUCAAUAAACUGCUGGUGGAUGAAGGUAUAACAUACAGAGGAAGUCACUAUAUUCAGCCUGAGCUCAGCCAGUCACAGCUCUCCUUCAGUGACCUCUUCCUGGACCCGGACACUGGCAGGGUACGUGCUCGGCCGGUCAGGACUUGUGUUUGUUUCACUUUGUGGAGCUGCAGGAUGAUUCCCACUCCUGGGGUUGGAGUUCAGGUCCUCAGCAGACACAUCCGCCUCUGUGCCUUUGAUGGAACUCAGGUGUUGAGUAACAUCCACACAGUGAGGGCAACGUACAACUCCAAGAGCCCCAAGACCUGGAGCUUCUCUCCAAGGAUGGCAGGUAUCCUCCCCGCCCUCCUGGAUGGAGACUGUUUCCUACGAUGCAACUCUGCAUCUCCUGACCUCGGUAUCCUCUUCGAACUGGGAGUCACCUUCAUACGCAAUUCUACAGGUGAGAGAGGGGACCUGAGCUGCGGCUGGGCUUUCCUCAAACUGACCGAUGAUGCUGGAAAUCCAAUCCCAAACAGGACCUAUGAGCUGCAAGUGAACGGAGGAACUCCUUAUGAGAAGGAUGUCAUGGUGGAUUCAUUAGUCUCCAGAGGAUCUCCAGCUGGUGUUUUCCAGCAGAUGCUUCAGGCCAGACGGCAGCCAAAACUGAUUGUGAAAGUGAAAUCAGCUAACAGCCGGACCAGAACGCAGCUCAGUCUUCUUCCAGACACUCUGCUGCACUGUCUGAGCUGUGUCCACUUGCUGGCUCUGCACAGGCAGCUGCUAGCAGAUACACUCCUGAUGGACAGGCCUACCAUGCAGAAUGCUGAUCUUAUAUGCAGUCCUGUACUUUCUACCUUUCCUGUGCUGUUGGACCAACCAGACCUGCUGGAUGCUCUCAGGAGUGCCUGGCUGGAUGCUGAGACUAACAUGAGCAGAGGACAGAAGAGAGACCUGUCCUAUUUAAAACAGGAGUUUGUCAAAGUCUACAUGUCAUCCGUCUAUUUCCUCCUCCACUCCCCCGCGCUGCCUUGUCAUCGCUGGGCUGACCCGCCCUCAGAGGAGCAGCGGGCCAGAUUAAUCUACACCACCCUGGAUGCUCUCAAACACAACCAGUACACCAGUGGUCAAUCUGGCCCAGAGCUCUUUGUGGACCCACUGCAUCAGCAUCUCGCCUUUGAUAUAACAGAGUUGACCUUUGACCUCCUCCAAGUGGCACGGUAACAUCAAACCACUUAGAGGGAAGGGACAGUUAGAGGAUGAUUAUUUUCAGAGUAAAUUAAAAUGUAAAAAACUCUGAAAUGUGCCAUAAAGACAUUUUGGAACAUUUUUAAAUGUGGAAACUUAAAGUAAAAUGAUGGUGAUAUUCCACAUUCUUGUUACUGUUAAUAAAUCCCAUUAAAAGACAAAAAAACUAAAAUAAAUGUCUUGAUACUUUCCGACUUCCAAACUGGAGUCAAGAGCAUUUGUCGGGGACUAUUUUUAGGUGUGGAUUAAUACAUAGUUGUAACAGUUCACAGCAGCAGGACCAACUGCUGAGAGGGAUCAACUCAGAAUAAACUACAGUGCCCGAGGAAUCAACUAGGCUUUGAAUUCACAGACAAUACUUGUUAGUGGAAUCAAUUCAAUGUUGGUUCUGGUCUUUUGCUGGGAUUUAUUGCCUCUUCUCUGCAUUGUCACAGGAAAUCAAGUAGCCUCAGCAUUGACAAAAUGCUAGCACAAUGCUAACAUACAGAACGUACCCAAAAACAUGUUUGUGUACCUUGUGAUUAAAUGAGAUGCUGAUGAUAGAUAAUGAGCCUGUUAAUUGUAUGAAUAGAUGUGGAAUAAAAGCAAAUGUGUACAAUG